AUGAUAUUAUUCAGCACUCAGCAGACUCAUGUCUUUGAACUUGAGACUGGGAUGGCAUAUAAUAGUGAGGCCGAUGAGCAACGAAAGUACUCAGAGACUCAGAUCCAGUCUGAUGCGACAUCUCAUUCUGGUAUUGCAUUUCCAAAUAUGAAUUAUGCAAUGCCCGCUCAACUUGGAGCUGAAAAUGCUGUGUUGAUGGGAAUUCAGCAAGCUGGUGUGCCUUUGCCAUCGGAUGUGGUUGAGGAGCCUGUAUUUGUCAAUGCAAAGCAAUAUCAUGGCAUCUUGCGACGUCGACAAUCUUGUGCAAAGGCUGAGUCUGAGAAUAAAGUAAUCAAUCCCCGUAAGGUAUUGUAUGGGAUUGCCUCCUGGCCUGUCGUUGCAUUCCUCGAUUACUUCAUCCACUUGAUUCAAUCCAAAUUGUGCUUUGAUACAAAAUAUUAG